GCCAGGCCUGGUUUACUCUCGCUCGCUCGCUGUGCUGUCCCCGGGGUUUAGUGUGGGUCUCGGCGAGUAGCCCAUCCCCCGGGGUUUGCCCAAGGGGUGAAUGGAAAGAACGUGAAGCGGACAGUAUCGGGGUCCCUGUGCUGUUGUCCGCCUUCCUGCGCCCACGCCAUCCUGCCGCCUUGCCUCGGCAGGAAGUGGGGCCAGCGGGCCCCAACCCUGCUGCGCUCUGGUGUUGUGCUGUAGACCUCGCCUUUAAUUCUAGUCGUGGGCUCCUGUGAGCUGACCACUGUGGACGACUGGGUGGGAGGGCAUCCGAAUGGCUGAGCGCUGGUGCCCUGGUGGUGGGAAGGAGGGAACCCGGUGGGUUGCCCUUGACAGGAAGGGACGCGAUGGUGUGCCCAGGAGUUGAGAUGUCUGACCAGGAUGGCAUUUAGAGAACAGAAAUGCCAAAUCAUCCACAGGGCUCAGUUCCAUGAGCUUAUGGUGGUUGGAGCCCGAAGGACAGCAAGAAACUGUUUUCAAUGGCUUCGCUGGUGGCUUAUGACGACUCGGACUCAGAGGCUGAGAGCGAGCCCGCGGGAAGCGUCAUUGCCGCCGGCCAGGUGGAAGACACUCGCGAUGCGGUCCACGCGCGUGACCAGGGUUCCGCACCGGGAGCCCUGGGCGGGAUGGAAGGGGGCGUGCCGCCCACGAAGCACCGUUCUUCCGAAGACCCCGCUGGCCCUCGUCUCCCGCCGGCGCGGCUCUGGGGAAGCGGCCCAGGGUCUUGCCCCAGCCAGAGGCUGCAGUGGCCCGCGACAGAGCCUGAGGUCGCCGUCGCCACAGGCGAGCCUCCUCGUGCUUCCCUGUGGCUCAGUCACGUCCCUGCUGGCCACGUGCCCCUGGCAGCGGCCCUGGUUAAGCAGGGGAAGCCCUCCUGGGGAACUUACGACCCCCCGGAACCCCCUCUCUGUGCCCGAACCCAGCCUGGAGCCCCAGGCGCGCCAGGCAGCCCUGUUCAGAAGAAGAGGCGUGAGGACUGCGUUGUGCCCUAUACCCCGAAGAGGCUGAGGCAGUUGCAAGCACUGAGCACGGAGACAGGCAAGAGCAAAGCUGCGGAAGCCAGGGGUCCCUCCGCGGGGCGCGCCCCGGCCCCGCUCUGCAUGGAGCCCCGGGUGUCUGAGUUUAUUCAGCCCCAUUUGGACACUCAGUACAAAGAAACCCAGAUUUCCAGGAAGGUGCUCUUUCACCUGCGAGGCCACCGGGGCCCCGUCAACAGCAUCCAGUGGUGUCCGGUGCUUUCGAGGAGCCACAUGUUUCUCUCCGCUUCCAUGGAUAAAACCUUCAAGGUGUGGAAUGCCGUGGACUCGGGGGGCUGCCUACAGACCUACCGCCCACACAGCGAGGCCGUGCGGGCCGCCCGGUGGUCCCCCUGCGGCCGGUGCGUCCUCAGCGGCGGCUUCGACUGCGCCCUGCACCUCACGGACCUCGAGACAGGAGCCCAGACGUUCAGCGGGCAAAGUGACUUCCGCGUGACCGCCGUGAAGUUCCACCCGAAGGACCACAGCCUCUUUGUGUGCGGGGGCUUCGGCCCCGAGGUCAAAGCCUGGGACGUCAGGGCCGGCAAGGUGGUGAGGAGCUACAAGGCGACCGUCCAGCAGACCCUGGACAUCCUCUUCCUCCAGGAAGGCUCCGAGUUUCUGAGCAGCACGGACGCCUCGAGCCGGGACUCGGCCGACCGCACCAUCAUCGCCUGGGACUUCCGGAGCUCUGCCAAGAUCUCCAACCAGAUUUUCCAUGAGAGGUACACCUGCCCCAGCCUGGCCUUGCACCCGCGGGAGCCGGUGUUCCUGGCGCAGACCAACGGCAACUACCUCGCCCUCUUCUCCGCGGUGUGGCCCUACCGGAUGAGCAGGAGGCGGCGCUACGAAGGGCACAAGGUGGAGGGCUACUCGGUGGGCUGCGAGUGCUCCCCGGACGGCGACCUGCUGGUGACGGGCAGCGCCGACGGCCGGGUCCUGCUGUACUGCUUCCGCACGGCCAGCCGCGCGCGCACGCUGCACGGGCACACGCAGGCCUGCGUGGGCGCCACCUUCCACCCCGUGCUGCCCUCCGUCCUCGCCACCUGCUCCUGGGAGGGCGACGUUAAGAUCUGGCACUGAGCCUCCGGGGCGGAGCCUUCUGGACCUCUGCCGCCCGCCUGCCCGGCUGCCCCCCUUCGGGGGUGGGGGCUCCCUGUCAGGCCUGGCUGGAAGCCGCCUGCCCCGCCGCGCCCCUCAGUCUCCCCGUCUGUGGGAUGGGGAUGAGAGACCCUGGUGUCGGGGCUGUGAGGGCUGCGUCAGCGAGGGCGCGGGCGCCCCACUCGUGACUACAGUAAAGUGGGAGCUGCGCUGUCACUCAGGUGGUCUUUGGAAAG